GGCAUGCUUUAAAAUUCUGCCAGAAAUUGAUGUAUAUAAAAGCACUGAGUGCAGCUUCAGAGCAACUCCAUGUUUGAGUCCCAUGUAGUGCUGAAAAAUUUGCCACCUGAUUCAUGUUACCUGAUCUUAGACCCUGCAAUGUUUGUAGAGUCAGUAGAAAGAGCCAGAGAUCUCCAAGGGUGUGGUGAGUCUUGCAGCAUUAGCCUCUGGACAAUGUUGCUACUCAUCUUCUGCCUACUUUUGGCGUGGUGCUACUACCUGGCUGGUGGAUGCUGGGCAUCUCUACCAACACGGGAUUCACUCCUGAGGAUAUGUUUUACCUAAAGAGCUGUGCCUGCCCUGUAGUCGCACAGUGUAUUGGCUUAAGAGGUAGUCCCAUAGCCGCCCUUGGCCUGUCGGUUGGGGUUCUUCUGCUGAAAACCUGUGUUCCCAUCUCUCUGCAGGCUGGGUAACCCAUCUGUAGUCACCACCUCCAAGUGUCCUCACCACCAGGUCGCAGAAUUGUUGGAAGGAGAGGAGUUGGAGGAUUUUCCCAUCUUACGGAAGCUGACCCACUUGAGAGUAUUGCCAGGCAUCUGAAGUGGUUGACUAACACCUAAGGAUUUGGAACAGAGGUGUGUGAUGUCAAACAGUGGGCAGUCCUUGUAGCUUCCUCUACCAGUCUGCAGUGUCAUGUGCCAAUAUGAAUAUUAAGAAAGAAAAGCAUACUUCAGAGCUCAGCAUCUCAGAAAGAAAAAAGGAAGAACUAAACAGAGAGAGCAAAUGAUUGCACUCCUUGCAAAACUUGAGGCUGUUCUCUUUUUCUGCUGAAGCUUCAUCUUGGCCUAUGUGAGAGAGUUGACAAAGUAGGCAGAACAGCCACAGUGAUUUUCUUAGGGUCCUUUUUUAAUUUAAUUUUUUUUCCCUUGUGUCUGGAUUUUAAGUGUGCUGCACUGAUCACAAGCACUGGAGAUCAAUAUGUGUCAUGUCAUUGUAACAUGUCGGUCGAUGCUGUGGACUCUCCUGAGUAUCGUGGUGGCUUUUGCAGAGCUCAUUGCCUUCAUGAGUGCAGACUGGCUGAUUGGCAAAGCAAAGCCUUCAAGCUCCGAGGAGGUGGACAACAGAACGGGGGGGCCGCAGGAGCCCUACCGUCCAACACUGGGCAUCUACGGGCGCUGCACCAGGAUCUCCCACAUGCAGUUCUCCAGGCGAGACACACUUUGUGGUCCUUACGCUGAAAACUUCAGUGAGAUUGCCAGUGGGUUCUGGCAGGCAACCGCUAUUUUCCUAGCUAUGGGAAUCAUGAUUCUCUGCACCGUGGCAUUUGUGUCUGUCUUUACUAUGUGUGUGCAGAGUAUUAUGAAGAAAAGCAUUUUUAAUGUCUGUGGACUGCUACAAGGGAUUGCAGGGCUCUUCCUUAUCUUAGGCUUGAUACUUUACCCUGCAGGUUGGGGAUGCCAGAAAGCGAUAAGCUAUUGUGGACCUUAUGCUUCUGCUUACAAACUAGGAGACUGCUCCUUGGGCUGGGCUUUCUACACAGCUAUCGGCGGCACUGUUCUGACAUUCAUCUGUGCAGUCUUCUCGGCACAAGCUGAAAUAGCCACAUCCAGUGACAAAGUGCAAGAAGAAAUAGAAGAAGGAAAAAACCUUAUCUGCCUCCUUUAACUCCAGUGGGGAAAACUACCAGCACCUGGAUCUUUAUCUGCUUUCCAUUGACUGGACAAGCAGAUCCAUUUACCUGUUUUUACAUUUGUGUGAUUGAGCCCCAUGCAAUCCAGCCCUGAACUACUGAAAGGGUUUUUCUUCUUUGCUGGGCUAUGAGGAUCAGAGAAAGGAUCCCAAGAAAGCAGAAUGUAAAUACCUGGGGAUAUUUUUAGUUUCAUUCUGUGAUCAGGACACAGUGGAAUAUAUUAAUCCAACUGGGGAUGUGAGUAAUCACAUGUAUAUAGCAGGAAUGUUGUUAAAACUGACAAAUUCUGAUUGAUCGAAUUGUCAAACCCACCUUGGUCACUUUGAAGAAUUUGGAUUUAAAAUAAUAAAAGCCAGCACAUUUUUUUUUCUUUUCUUAAGCAAAAGAGAAGCCUAUUUUAAUGAGGCUUUGUUUCCAAGGGCUCCCCUCACUGGUGACUAUUUCUUCAC